AUGAAUAGAUUCAAAAGAGUGUUUAAAGAUAACUUGGCAAUGAUUAUUGUGACUCUAUUGGUAAUGUUUCAAAAUAUCUUUGGGAAUGGUACAAUACUAAUAGCUACAUUGAUAGUAUUAGUUUAGGGUUUAAGAAUUAUAUUAUGUUUCAUCACUUAAAUCAAAGAAUAUAUCCAAUAUUUUGAUUUGAUGUAGUAAUGGAGUUUGCUUUUAGCCAUUUAUUUUGGAUCCAACUAAAGCUCUAUGUCAGUCUUAGCAUUAUGUAAUGUCAAAGAGUUCUUUAAUACAAAAAUAAAUUUAUAAACGAUAUAACUUAAGAAACUAUUGAUUGUUCAUCAUAUAGUUUCUGACAUUCUUCUAUUUACAUUAUGUUCAAUUAACAAUUUGAAGGAAGUCCAUCUAUCAAUUGUAGCAAUUGUAAUUCAUUGGCUAAUUUUAAUUUAUAAUUCUAAACCAAAAAAAAUUAAAAAGAUCACAGAUAGUUACACUUAAGGUGAAAUACCAGAUAAAAUUAUAAUUGAUAGUGCAGGUCAUACAAAUAAUCAUUCUAGAGUUAAAUUUCAUGAUAAACCAAGUAAUAAUGAUAGUCCUAGAGAUAAUAAAUUAGAGAUUUUAAGCAUCUUUCCAUAAGGAAUAGGAUUAUUCAAAAUUUGUGAUAAGUAAAUAGAAUUAGAAUAUCAUAAUGAAAAUAUGUUAAAAUUAUCUUUAGCAUAAUAAUCUGAUGAGAUCUUAUAGAAAUUGUUUAAUUUAGAACAAUAAUAAAUAACAGAUAUUUAAUAAAAAUAGUAAUAAGAAUAAAAAAACUCAAUGAGUUCAUUUUCUACUUUUUAAUAAACACCAAUACCUUGUAAUUUAAUUCAUAAUGCUUUUCGUAAUUAAAAGAGAUCUUAAACAAAUUAAUUAUAAUAAUCUCAAAGAAUGGAAUUAUUUAGAUAGAAUUCUGUUUUGAAUUCUCUUGAAUGUAAAGGUGUAAUAUUAAAAAAAUGUGAUACUUUGUAUGAAGAAUCAGUAAGAAUUUAUGAAUAUUCAUUAGAUUUUAGAAUAAGAGAUUAGAUUGUUAGCAUAAUAAAUGCGUAAAUCUGAAUUUUAAAGUCAAAUGAAAUGUUAAAAUGAAUUAAUUUAAGAACAUAUUGUAGUUUAUGGAUAUUAAAAACCAUAGGAUGGAAAUAGGAAAAGAACAAUUGAAGUUAAGUUAUAUAAUGCAUUGAUCAAUCAAAUACCUUAUAUAUUGAUAUUAACUAGGGAUAUAACUCAUAGAGAUUAUAUUUAAGCAUUAUAAGAGUAUAGUAAGUAGAAAUCGAAAACUUUAUCUUUUGUGAGUCAUGAAUAUAGAACACCUUUGAAUUGUAUAAUAGAGAUGUUAGAAUUAGGAAUAUAUGAAGAAUAAAAACAUUAAUCAUAAACAGUGAUAAUGGAAAAAGAAUGUAAAAGAGUUAUGAAAGUUAAUUAUCCUAUUAAAAUAAAUAAAUAAAUAAAAAUUGCUUUAGAUAAUGCAAAAUAUUUAUUAAAUUUAAGUGAUGAUCUUUUGGAUUUAGCUUAAAUAAAAGUUGGAAAAUUUAAAAUUAAUAAAGCCAAAUUUAAUUUUAAUCUAUUACUUGAAAGUUGUGUAGAUUUAUUUUAGGUUACAGCUGAAAAAAAAUAAAUUAAAUUAUUUAUAAAUUAUGAAAGUAAAGCUCCAAGAUAUAUUUAUUCUGAUUCAAGCAGAUUAAAAUAAAUUAUGAUUAAUCUUUUAGGUAAUGCAUUCAAAUUUACAGAUGAUGGAUCAGUUACUAUAAAAGUUUCAUUAAUUAAUCAAAAAUUGGAUGUAUCAGUUAUUGACACUGGAAUAGGUAUAACAGAAGAAGAUUAAGCAAAAAUAUUUUAGGCUUUUGGUAAAGGAAAUAGUGAAGAACAUAAAAAGAUGAAUAAAUCUGGUGUUGGUUUAGGAUUAUUAAUCAGUAAUUAAAUACUUUAAAAUUUGAAUUAAGAUUUACAAAAUGGUCUUAAAUUUAAAUCUUAAUAUAAGAAAGGUAUUAUGAUAAUAUUAAUUUUAGGUUCUAUAUUCUAUUUUUAAAUAGGAUAUUAAGAUUUAAAUGAAAUUUAAUCAUUAAAUAGUUUAGAAGAACGUAAUUAAGAUAGUGAAGAAUCAAUUAUAAUGUAAUAAUAAUAAGAAGAAAGUAUCCAUAAAGUAUAUGUUCAUAAUCAUAUUUCGAUUUUCAAACGAUCAACUAAAGCUAUAAUGACUUUAUAAAUAUUAAUUGUAGAUGAUAUUUGUAUGAAUAUAGAAAUGAUGAGAUUGAAACUUGAUAGAUUGUAUAUUUAAUAUAAUAUUCUAAGAGGAAUUGAUUCAGUAGACUCAGCAUAUAAUGGAUAUUCUGCAAUAGAAAAAUGUGAAAAAAAAUGGUAAAUUAAUCACGACUUCUAUAAAUUGAUAUUUAUGGAUUUGGAAAUGCCUAAUAUAAAUGGAAUAUAAACAACCAAAAAAUUGUUAGAAUUAUCCUAAAAAUUCGGAAUAAAUGUCACAAUAAUAGGAUGUUCUGCAUAUGAAAGUAAUGAAUAAAAAAAUGAAUGUUUACAAGCAGGUAUGAAAGAUUACCUAACAAAACCAAUUUAAAUAAAUGAUCUCUAAAGAAUAUUGUAGUAGUAUUUAUGA